AUGGAUACUAGUUGGAUUGAUUUACGCAAUGGGGAUCCUGCUUAUUAUAGUUGUUGCUUGAAAUUCAUGGAACUUGCGAAGGAGACUCUUGUUGAAGGAAAAACACGAUGUCCGUGUAACAAGUGCAAGUCAAAUAAAUGGCACUUCGUAGAAGAAGUUGAAGGACAUAUUUUGCUUAACGGUUUUCUUAAAAAAUAUCGAAAUUGGGUUUUUCAUCGUAAAGUCAAUGAAGGGAGAAAUAUCUUUGAAACCCCUAGUGGUCUAGGAAAUGCAGUAUGUCAAGAUGACAUAGGAGAGUUGCUAAGAGCAGCUUUUGGUGUUGACAAUUCAGAUUCGCAUAAUGAAUCGCAAGAUAUGCCCGAAGAUGAAGUUUUUUAUGACAUGCAUGAGGAGUUUGAUUUUCAUUGUGAGGUAGAUAAUGAAUUUCCAUCAAGUAACUCAGGUGAAGAAGAUGCUAAGUGUAAACGACUAAUGGAAGCCGCUGAUGAGGUUUUAUAUGAGGGAUGCACUACUUUCUCAAAGUUAUCCUUUAUUUUACACUUGUUUCACCUUAAGUGUAUGUUCCACUGGUCAGAAGAGUCAUUUACUAAAUUGCUUGAACUUCUAAUAGACGCAUUUCCUCAAAUUAAGGAGUUUCCAUCGUCUUAUUAUGAAAGAAAGAAGAUAGUGAACGAUUUGGGGUUAGGAUAUGAGAAAAUCGAUGCAUGUCCAAAUAAUUUAAUUUUAUAUUGUGGUGUAUUUGCAGACAAAGAUGAGUGUCAUGUUUGCCAUACAUCAAGGUGGAAAACAGUGAAAGAAAAGGAGGAUAAUAAAAGUGAGAAAGGAAAGAAAAUAUGUAAGAAGGGCGAGCCAGCUAAAGUAAUGCGAUAUUUUCCUCUUAUACCUAGGCUAAAGAGACUCUAUAUGUCAUCUAAAACAGCUAAGGAUAUGGGAUGGCAUUUUGAACAUGAAGAUGAUAAGAUCUUAAGGCACCGGUCGGAUGGUGAGGCUUGGAAAAGUUUUGAUAAAAGAUAUGUAGAAUUCGCCGAAGAUCCUCGUAGUGUUAGAUUAGGUCUAGCGAGUGAUGGUUUCAAUCCAUAUCGUCUAAUGAAUACCAAUUAUAGUACAUGGCCGGUGAUUUUGAUUCCUUAUAAUUUGCCACCAUGGCUUUGUAUGAAGCCAUCAUCAUAUAUUUUAUCCUUGCUUAUUCCCGGAAAACAUAGUCCUGGGAUGGAUAUUGAUGUGUAUUUGCAACCAUUAAUCCACGAGUUAAAGUUAUUGUGGGAAGGUGUUCCUGCCUUUGAUGCGCAUAGUGGAAAUAAAUUUAAGCUGCGAGCAACCUUACAUUCCACUAUAAACGACAUUCCGGCAUAUGCUAUGUUGUCCGGUUGGAGUACAAGAGGUUACAAAGCUUGCCCUACAUAUGCCCAUAAUACUAAUUCAUAUUGGUUUGGCGGCAGAAUGUGCUACCCAGGGCAUCGAAAAUGGUUGCCAAUUGAUCAUCCUUAUCGUUCUCAAGCACAACCAAAGAAAAUAUCUAAGAAAAGAAAGAGACUUCAAGGUGGAAAUUCUCAUGAUGAGCCGGAUGAUGAUGAUGGUGGUGAAGAGGAAGCCAAUGUUAUUUGGAAAAAGAAAAGUCUACUCUUUGAGUUGGAGUAUUGGAAACAUAAUCCUCUAAGACAUAAUUUAGAUGUUAUGCACAUUGAAAAGAAUGUAUGUGACAAUGUGAUAGGAACUCUUUUAGAUAUGGAUAAAAGUAGAGAUGAUAAGCAAGCAAGACAGGCUCUCAAAGACAAAAAUAUAAAAUCUCAUCUUUGGCCUCAAUCAGAUCCAAAUCGUGUUAAUGACCAUUUGCCUCCCGCUGAAUAA